GGUCCGAGGGGCUUAUAUCGGCGGCCAAGAUGGUAGCUGCUGCCACUCACAGUUUGUGCGAGUCGGCCAAUGCCAUGGUUCAAGGUCAUGCUACAGAGGAGCGACUCAUCGCUUCGGCCAAAGAGGUCGCGGGGUCGACAGCCCAUCUCCUGGUCGCCUGCAGGGUCAAGGCCGACCCAGACUCAGUCGCCAUGAAACGCCUCCAGGCGGCGGGUAAUGCGGUGAAGCGCGCCACGGAGGUCCUGGUGAAGGCGGCCCAGCAGGCCAAGCAGAGAGAUGAAGACGAGGAUAUAAACGUGGCAGUCGACUCACGUAAAGUGGGCGGGAUCAAACAGGAACUACAAAUUCAAGAGGAGAUGUUACGGAAGGAGAGAGAAUGGAUAGAAGCCAGAGAGAAGCUGGCCAAGUUCCGUAAACAGCGGUACAAGGACACGGGCCACGAUAGCGACUCAUCAUCCGCCUUCUAACACCGCACGCUCCAGCUUUAACUGUAUAAUGCGUAUAGUGCCUGUCACGUGUCUUGUGAUGUCAUAAUGGCUUCCAUGUCAGCUGUCCUUGUGAAGGUCAAGGUGACAAGCAUCUAAGUGAUUGAGAAUUUGAAGGGAGUGAGAGUGUAUGAGAUCUGGGUUAGGGUUGCAUUUCUGUGGGUGUGAUUUUUCAGUAUAGAUGUGUAAGUUUGUAUACUUAGAAUGAUUAAUGAUGGAUGAUGUAUUCAGAGGACAGAAAUUUGGAAUUGAGAAGAAAGAGACUCAGAAAGAAAGGAUUCUCAAUAAUCAUAUCAUAUGUAUAUGUAGCUGCUGAUUAAGUGUUAAACCAGUUAUGUCACAUAUGGUACAGGAUUUUACAGAAUUGUUUACCAACGGUGCAAAAAUUUAUCUAUUUUAAAUAGAAGCAGUUGUUAUUCGACACUUGAUUAUUUUUGGAUUUUUCUCUGCAAGCAGACUUGUUUUUUUUUUAGAAUAUAAACAUGAAGUUUUCCGAAUCUGAUAGAUUAAAUCUACACUGUUUUAAGGUAGCCAAUUGUGAUAUGGUGUUACAAAUGAUAGAUGAUAUGGUGUUACAAAUGAUAGAUAUGCAAUACUUAUAUACAAUAUAAAGACUGAUAUAGCUUACUUAUUCUUUGAUAUAUAUAUGUAUUUGUACUAUCCAUGUACUGCAGAUGUUGUAUUCAAGUCGUGUUUGUAUGUCGACUUAGAAAUAUGCUUUAUCAGCACAGUUUGAGUGAAAAUUAACCAGGUUUCUUCCCCUGUUUGUUUUGUUGCUGUUUAGAGAUUUCAAUUCACGCUUGAUUUUAGUCAGAGUUUUAAUUGAUAAUUUCAUGAGAAAAACCUUGAUUUGAUUUCUGUGUUUGAUGCCAGGCUUCCACUAACCGAGUAAAUCCGCGAGUAUUUGGUGUGUACCACGCUAGUCCUACACAUAGACCCAGUGCUGUGUAUUGAACUGUUUUAUGUGUGUAUUUUGUAUUAGUCGUGUUUAGUUUUUGAUAAAAGCUAUAUAUAUAUAUUUUAUUCUGUUUAAUAUUAUGAUUAUUGUAUAAUUAUUAUGAUGACGACUAUGUAAUUUUCUACAUUCUCUAUUGUACACAAUAUAUGUAGUAAACUUUUGUUUCCUAUAUAGAAUUGGUAUACUGUACAUGUAUGUAUACAGACCAUAUAUAACAUGGCCUCCCCCUCACCAGGGGUACACUACAGACCAUAUAUAACAUGGCCUCCCCCUCACCAGGGGUACACUACAGACCAUAUAUAACAUGGCCUCCCCCUCACCAGGGGUACACUACAGACCAUAUAUAACAUGGCCUCCCCCUCACCAGGGGUACACUACAGACCAUAUAUAACAUGGCCUCCCCCUCACCAGGGGUACACUACAGACCAUAUAUAACAUGGCCUCCCCCUCACCAGGGGUACACUACAGACCAUAUAUAACAUGGCCUCCCCCUCACCAGGGGUACACUACAGACCAUAUAUAACAUGGCCUCCCCCUCACCAGGGGUACACUACAGACCAUAUAUAACAUGGCCUCCCCCUCACCAGGGGUACACUACAGACCAUAUAUAACAUGGCCUCCCCCUCACCAGGGGUACACUACAGACCAUAUAUAACAUGGCCUCCCCCUCACCAGGGGUACACUACAGACCAUAUAUAACAUGGCCUCCCCCUCACCAGGGGUACACUACAGACCAUAUAUAACAUGGUCUCCCCCUCACCAGGGGUACACUACAGAUCCUGUUUGACUCCUGUAUAACAAACCAUUAAACCAUACAACUACAGCAUGUUCUGUACCCAGAGUUAUCUCUCUUGUUUUAUUCAACCAAUUAAAACAUCUUAUAGAAUUUGAUCCGAGAAGAACAUCAUGUAGUCGAUGAACUCGUAUUUCAUGAUCAAAAUAUCUACGUUAUAGAGUAGCAUUAUGGAUUUUGUUAUCAAUAUUUUGUCAUUAACGGAUUAUUUUGAAACAACCCAUAAUUUGUUAAGUCAAAGACUAUAGAAAUUAUUUAAUUUUGUAUCAACAAAACCGUACAUUUUGUAAUUGCAAAUUUGCCAUAAAUAAAAUAGCGACGAAAAAUGAUGCUGAGAUGUAGACAAUUAAUAUAUUCACUCCGGCCUUAGCUAACGAUAGCGAUGAUGAAAAUAUUCAGUCUGACCUUGGUUACAGCGGAUGAUAAUAUAUUCACUGACCUACGUCACAGUUUCGAUUAUUAAUAUAUUCACUCUGACCUUAGCCAACAGUGACGAUUAUUAAAAUAGUCACUCUGACCGUAGCUAACAGUGACGAUAAUUAAUAUAUUCAUUCUGACCGUAGCUAACAGUGAUAAUUAUUAAUAUAUUCACUCUGACCUUAGCUAACAGUGACGAUUAUUAAUAUAUCCACUCUGACCUUAGCUAACAGCGACGAUUAUUAAUAUAUUCACUCUGACCGUAGCUAACAGUGACGAUUAUUAAUAUAUUCACUCUGACCUUAGUUUACAGUGACGAUUUAUAAUAUAUUCACGCUGACCAUAGCUAACAAUGAUGAUUAUUAAUAUAUUCACUCUGACCUGUGACCUCUGCAGUGUGCAUGUGUCGGCUUACUAUACCAUGUAUAUUACGUACUGUAUUUUUCCAUGUAUUACUGGAUGUGUGUGAUAGUCACAUAAAAUUUGCAUAUCAAGAGUUACUGAUCAUGACGCUUACAAAUAUGAAGUUUUAAUAACAGGUUCAAAUAAAUUUAUGUACAAGA